AUGACCGCCCCUAUACCCAUUGGAAGUGAUCCAAAGACCUCACCUACCAACAUGGCGAUUCCAGCACCUUCGCAUACCCCUUCGUCAAGCCUAUCCAUUUCGCCUCAAACGCCAUUCUAUCCUCCUUCUGGUCUUUCUCCGCCACCCAUCGCGGGACUAGGUGCAUUGUCCACGACGGCUCCCGCUUCGGGCGGUUUCUUCAAAUGGGCUUCAUCAUUUAGCAAGUCGCCUUCUGUGCCUGAGAGUCUUGGAUCUGGACGAGACGAAAUGACUCCUCGGAGAGCCAGUCAGCCUUUGGAACAAGUCUCAGCGAUGGAACAACAACAGCAGGAUCACGAGAGCCAUGAUUCCUUUGAAUUUGGAGAUUGGAAUGACUUGAAGUCUAGAGCUUGGAAUAAGAAUCGAAGGGCUUUGAGCGUGUCUAUGCCUAGACAAUCUGGCAUCUCGGCAAUGCUCAGUCCUAACGGACCGGGAUCGACAAUGAGCACGACGGCUCAACCGAGUAACGGCAUGGCCAUGUCACCUCCUAAUGGCGUCUUAGCCGACAAGGCGGCAAAGGGUCAAGGUGUGCUCAAGCGGAUGAGCUUCUCGAGCGGCAUGAGACCCCCUUUCAUCACCCCUGGACCUCUGUCUCCUCCCGCCGUCACGACUCAUGCGACCGUUGCCGAUCCGACCUUGUCUCGAGCUCCCAUCGCAGCCGGUGCGGAUAUACAAAGGGCAAAGACCAUCAGUGGGCCUCCUUCUGGUCGAGGUCGAAGGAUGUCGGACGCUACCAAGAAGCGUGGUGUCAGUCCGAUGGGUGAGAGGUUGUUGCGGGACCACGGGCACUUUUAG